ACAAUGGUUUGUGUCUUCUAUUAAUUACGCCAAUGUUUCAUAGGUUUUAAGAAGUUUGAACUGUAAGAUUUUUGGGAGGUUUUGAACGAUUUUUAGUAUGAACAAACAUUUUGCAAGGUUAUCACAAUGGACAGGAGAGCGUUUUGGGUUCGAUCGGCAGAAAACGACUCUUUCGGAUGAUUUCUGUGAGUUACAAAGAGAAAUGGAACUUCGAUUUACUGGAAUUGAAAAGUUGCAUCAAAAUUUUAAUCAAUGGGUACAAUCUAUGGGACGUAAGAAGUCAUCCUUGGAUGAGCAGGAAAAAGCACUACCAGUUACCGCUUUAGGUGAUUCUUUCCUUAAUUUAGGAUACAUUUUAUCGAAUUAUUCUGUACAUUCCGACACUUACAACAUGUACGGAAAGACAUUAAUUCAGAUUGGAGCGCUACAAGAAAACUUCGUUCGCUUCGUCACUGAAUCGUACAUGAAAGAGUUGAAUGAAUGGCUUUCACAAAAAAAGGUUUUGGAGAUGAAAGAGAAAAAGCUUGAGAAUAGAAGAUUGGUAUUUGAUGCGCUUUCGACCAAAAUCCAGAAAGCUAAAAAGGAGGAUUCCAAAAUUGAAGAAGAAUUACGGAUGGCAAGAGGAAAAUAUGAAACAACGUUGGAAGAUUUUGAGGAAAGAAUGAUUGAAUUAAGAGAACUGGAGUCUAGUCAAGUCAAUAAGCUUAUUUUGUUAGUACGCAAACAAACUCAAUUUCAUGAACAAUGUCUUAAUGUCUUACGUCCAUUGGAGUCUCCAAAUUUUGGAGAGACUCACGAGCCUACGAAUCGUUCAAAACGAUCAUAUUCUACAAAGUCUUUAGCUUCUUCUCCUUCUGUCAUUUGCAAAGACCUUAAUCAGGCUAUGCAUCCCCAACCUUCUUCCCCUUCUCUUAGGUUAGAGCCAACUUCAUUGACUGCUCCAACACCUCUUACUGCUGAGGAAGAAGCUUUACUACCAGCCAAAUUGUUAAAGGACAUUGAAGAGUUGCAAUUAGGUGAUACACCAUUUCAACGGCCGCUUAGAAGGUCGCCAACGCCUGAAAUACCUACUGAAUCGAAGCCAGUGUUUACAGGACACACAUCUUCAAGUUAUUCUGUUUCUCAUGACAAGUCAGAAGUAUAUUCCCGUGAUUCUGAAAGCGAUUAUAUACCCAAAGUGAAAAUGGAAUCUGGUCAACGUUCUUCGCUUUCAGAGAUGCCCACAUCAACAAACUCAUAUGAAAAACAAAAAGAAUUUGCAAAUCAACGCAGUAAAAGUUUACCUUCCGUUGUACCUCAUCAUAGAGGCUUGGAGGUUGUAAGGAUGAAAUAUCAAUAUGAACCACAAAUGGAGGAUGAGUUAGCUCUGAAAAAAAAUGACAUUUUACUUGUCUUAAAAAAAGUUAAUGACGGAUGGUGGGUAGGCGAGCAGCUAAAUGAUGAUGGAAGUUUGACUGGAAAUACUGGUUUGUUUCCGUCAAACUUUUGCAUGCUUGAACAUAAUUAUGCUUAUUUAGAUAAGAUUCCCAAAGCACUAAGUGAUUAUGAAAAUGCCUAAUUUUCUUGAAAGUGGUUUAAAGGAACGCAUAACUAGCUUUGGUUUCGUAAAUAGUGCGAACCUUUUUAUUUGGCUGGUUUAUGGGAUUGUUACAACGGUACUGAACGAAUUCUACACAUAUAUAUUGCUAAUUAAUGUUUCUGGGCUUCCUCUCUUUUUAAAGGUACCUUUACUCGCUAUUGUCUUGGAAAUUUGAAUACUAGUAUUGAACCCCAAAGGCUUUCAAUAGUUUUUCUAUGAAUUUCUCAUUUCAAAAUUUGUUUGUUUGUUUGUUUUUACUUUUACAUAUAUACGACACUACCAUUCUUAGAUAUAAUAUUUUAGCGAUGAUAUUAUUCAAAGUCAAUCUUAAAACUCAACUUUUAAUUGUCGAAAUCAGCAACGUAAAGGUAAAAACAUUAACGGAGU